CACUGCCUACGAAGUAACUAAGUUACCGUACAAGUUGCGUAUCCAAGGCCAGUUGCGACAUCGAAACAGCACAGGGCCUCAUCGCGGCUAGACGUCGCGCACAUCUCCCACAUACCCGUCCUGUCCGUCUGGCAAUCGGUCCUGCCAUAUCCUCCAAGAUGGGCCGAGAAGACCAAGUGGAGGAGCGCGAGGUGCUCGAGUCCAUUUUCCCCGACGAAAUCACAGACAUAUCCGAGACCGAGUACAGGAUAUCCGUCACGUUAGACCCCCCGGAUGGCGUCCCCGGCCAGGAGGAAGAGGACGAACCCCCGCAGUUCUUCCUGCAGGUCCGCUACCCGGCCGACUACCCAGACUCGGCGCCGCACCUCGACAUGAUCGCGCCGCCCAACGCGGCCCCGCACCCCGACUUCAGCGUCGCCGACGACCGCGAGCAGCUCCUGGCGGGGCUCGGCGACACCAUCCAGGAGAACCUCGGCAUGGCCAUGGUCUUCACGCUCGUGUCGGCGCUCAAGGAGGCGGCCGAGCAGCUCAUCCAGGACCGCCGCGACGCCGCCGCCAAGGUCAAGGAGGAGGAGCUUCUCGCCGCCGAGCGCGAGGAGAACAAGAAGUUCCACGGCACCCCCGUCACCCCCGAGACGUUUCUCAAGUGGCGCGAGGACUUCCUCCGCGAGAUGGCCGAGAAGGAGCAGCGCGAGGAGGAGGAGCGCCUCGCCGAACUCAAGAGGGCCAGGGUCAAGGAGCCCGUCAAGCUCACUGGCAGGCAGCUCUGGGAGCGCGGCCUCGCCGGCAAGGUCGACGAGGAGGCCGACGAGGAGGAGGACGACGGCGGCAUGCCGACAGAGGGCAUGGACAAGCUCCAGGUUGAAGCUGCCUGAGCGGCGGACGAGCAUGGACGGCGCAUGAUUUUUGGGAGUUGGACAGACCAUGAUGGGUUUCGUCUCGAGAGUUGGCCCUGGGUGGGCACACACCAUCACGGCUAGCGGUCUUAUACGGUACAGAGAAUGCACCUCGUGCACGGGCGCAACGGCCAGGAAGACGCUCUGCGUAUAUACAUACUGCUUCAGACUUGAAGCCGAUCAGAUCCAGAAUCUACAUGCCAGCGGCUUUGAUGUCCGCCCCG